AUGACCAGGGGUCCAGACCAACACAUCCAGGCUCUCCCUUGGGGAGCCAGGGGCCUUGGGACCAAGGCAGGGAUGGUUCCUGCCUGCUGCAUGGCUCAGGUCUGCUGCUGCUGCGGCCCAGCGCCCUGUAGCUUGCCUUGCCCCUGCUGCCCCCGCACCAAGGUGUCCACAGGCACGCGGCUCCUCUAUGUGCUCUUCCACAUCUUGGCCUGUGCCGUCUGCUGUUUUAUGCUCUCCCGCACUGUGGCAGAAGCCAUCAAGGAGAACGUGCCUUUUUACGCUGUGCUGUGUGACCAUCUUCCGGAGGGCACCAGCUGUGACACCCUGGUGGGCUACUCAGCUGUCUACAGAGUCUGCUUCGGCACAGCCUGCUUCUACCUGGGCCAGGCUGCCUUCCUGAUCAAUGUCAAGUCCAGCACCAACUUCCGGGCCCUGCUGCACAAUGGGUUCUGGUUCCUAAAGCUGCUCAUUUUGGUGGGGCUGUGCGCAGCAGCCUUCUUCAUUCCCGACCAGCGCUUCAUCCGAGCCUGGCACUUCGUCGGUGUCUGCGGAGGCUUUGCCUUCAUCCUCCUCCAGUUGGUGCUGAUCACAGCCUUUGCCCACACUUGGAACAAGAACUGGCUCACAGGCGCCUCCAAAGACAAGCGCUGGUGCCUGGCGGUGCUCUUGGCCACGCUGGGCUUUUAUGCCAUGGCCUCCACAGCUUAUACCUUCCUGUACAAAUUCUACACCCACCCUGCUGGCUGCAUCCUCAACAAAAGGCUCCUGGCGUUCAACGGUAGCCUGUGCAUCCUCGUGUCCUUUGUCUCCGUCACACCCUGUGUCCGCCUCCGACCCUCCAGUUCCGGCCCCCUGCAGGCCUCCAUCAUUUGCUGCUACAUCAUGUACCUGACCUUCUCGGCGCUCUCCAGCCGGCCUCCAGAGAAAGUGCAGUACCAAGGACAAAAUCUCACCAUUUGCUUCCCCAGCAUUGGCAAGGAUGGGAUGCAGAUAGAGGAUACCACCGUGGCAGUCCUGGGGGCAGGAGUCAUGUAUGCCUGUGUCCUCUUUGCCUGCAAUGAAGCUUCCCUCCUAGCUGAGAUGUUUGGGCCUCUGUGGAUGAUUAAGAUCUACAGCUUUGAAUUUAAGAACCCCUCCUGCUGUUUUUGUUGCCCAGGCAGAAUGGAAGAGGAGCUGGCAGGACGCAGAUGUGAACAGGAAGGGUCUUCUGGGGACCAGCAGGCUGUCUGCAGUGACCACGACCGCGUCGUCUACAACUACUCAGCCUUCCACUUUGUGUUCUUCUUGGCUUCGUUGUAUGUCAUGAUGACCCUUACCAACUGGUUCAGCUAUGAGAAUGCUGAGCUCGAGACCACCUUCACACAUGGCAGCUGGUCAACCUUCUGGGUCAAGGUGGCGUCUGGCUGGGCUUGUGUUCUGCUCUACCUCUGGCUUCUGCUGGCUCCUCUCUGCCUACCAGACUCUCUCCAGUGCCAGCACAGCAACCCCCCUUUGCGCAUCAUAAGGAGGCGGCGUGCCCACCGCAUCAGCAUAGCUGCGUCCCCUCAAGCUGCAGACUCUGUUGUCUGUGCCACAGCCUAUCACGAGCCAGCCCUCUGA